AUGGACGCCCUAUAUUCUCCCCCCGCCCAUUACCGCGUGCUGUCGUCCUGUGGCCUCUGCGGCGAUGCUCUUCAGCCCUCGGACCCCUUUGUUGCUCUGCUGGGCCACCCCAAUCUGGACAAGAUAGAGACAUGCUCUACAGUGCCCUGCUCCUUCCCACACGACGGCUUCAAGACCCUCCAGCACAGGACCAAUCUCGAGUUCUGCCGCGUGUCGCCCUGCCCUCUGUGUGACGCUUCCCCAGAGGCGGUCCCCCUGCACAAAGAAUGCCUGGUCCUAUUCGGCAGGUGGUGCACAAGCGAGGAUGCCCUCGACCGCCUCUGGGGCUUUGCAGCGGCUCGCAGCCCCUGGCGCGGCGCCCCCGACCUCGGCCUGCCCGAGACAAGCUCGCUGGCCUCGCACCCCGGCCCCCAAGUGGCCGCAGCAGCCGGCCUGGCCCCCCUCGCCACCCGCCUGCCCCUGGAGCUCGUCCAGCAGAUCCGGGGCCUCACCGGACCGUGUCUGUUCUGGCGCUACAGCGCGGCGGUGAGCGCGGCUCUCCGCCUUUCCGACGAGAGCCGCGAGGCGGCGGCGGCGGCGGCGGCGCCCGAGCCCCCCGUGGCCCCCGUGCCCCUCGCCCGCAUCGCCGAGUGGAGGCGUGGGCAUCGGCCCGUCGUGGUCGAGGAGGACGCGGCCGCCGCUCUGCCCCCGGUGAUUCGCAUCACCGUCGAUGCCCGCGGGGCCGCGAGCAUCGAGAGGCUGGCGCAGAUGGCGCAAGAGAGCGGCCAAAAGUCCGCAACCAAGGCCUUCAUCGUGUGGGAGGCCUCGAGCUUCCGGGACACUGCCGCGGUGUUCAAGUUCGGCGCCAUGCGCCUUCAGUUCCCCGGGGGGCCCCUGGCCGUCCCCAUUUGGGACACGCCGACGCCGCCGACGCCGCCCAGCUGCUCGAACCUGGGAGCCCGGCCGCAGCUCUGCACCAUUGAGCUCGCCCACAGCGGCGGCGCCAGGACCACCGGCCUCACCUUUCUGUACUUCCGGUGCAGGCUAUACGGGGUCCACGCCCACACGGCCGCCGAGCCCAGCGCCCGCGCCACCAACGACCGCCUCCCCACGAGCGUGCGGAGGAAGACGAUCUGGGUCCACUUGCCCUUGCCGGAGGGCGAGGAGAUUCUGUCCAUGGCAGUGCAGCUGGGGCCGAGGGGCAAGCCGCGGUUCCUAUUCCGCCUCAAACUUGCCGGCCUGGUCUCCCUCGGGCCGAAUCACGGCGAGCAGGGAUCUCCAAGAUUCACAAUUUGCCCGUCGCCCCCGAAGCUUCUGUACUACAACAAAGCGACGGGAACGAAUCCCACGUCUGGUAUCGCGGCAUCUCCCCGCCACUCGGAUGGCCAGCCCCCGGGGGGCGGCCAGGAAACUCGUCCAUGGCCUCCCCAGAGAUACCCAGACCUCCUGAACGGGAACUCGUACGCCUCGACUGUCUCGCUCGAGGACGUCCGGGCCAUCACGGUGCUCAGCAAUGCCAACGGCGGGUGCACAGGAGCACUGUUCGAGUACGAGAGCGGAGCCGUGGCCGCGGUUGGGGUAUGCAGGGUCGGUGAGCAGUCACAGACGCGGGUCGACAACCCGACGCACAUCACGCUCCAGAACGCAAUCGCUGCCCCCGCCGGCACUGGCUUCUCGUUCGCCGCCCACUCUGUCCCGGGAUUCGAUACUCCACAGUUGCACGCAGGGGUCCAAUAUCUGCCAAUGCAGGGGAGCCUCGCAUUCUUGUUCAAGGACCACCGAAUGGUGGUCGUCGUCUACAAUCCCGUUUAG